CGGUUGGUGAGAGGAGAAUAUAAAAGGAGUGAGUGCUGUUACGCAGUGUAGCAAUAACAGGAAAACUGAGGCAUGUAGUAUCAGAGGCUUGGCUAAAGUGCAAGAUCAAAAACUGCUAUCCAUCUCAAGAUGGAAGAACCAGUGCUUGAGAAAUUGCCAUCUUUGUGCCAUACUCCAAAGGAUUCUGGGACAGCAGUUCCACAGGGGACUAGUUCAGGGAAACAGCCAAUGAGUGCAGCUCUGAGGGAGCGAUUAAGGAAAACAAGACGCUCAUUUAAUGCUAAUUUUACAGUGGCAAAGCGGCUCAAAAUAGAUGCUGAAGAAAAAGACUGUGCUGAUGCUGACAAAGGGUGCUUGCCAAAGACAAGUACAGAUUGUUCCAGAUUACAAGGUGCUUCUGAAAAUCUAGGAAGAAAUGGCACUGGACAUACAUGUUUCAAAAGUCGCUUACAGGAGAGUGGUCUCUGUGGAUCAGCAGAGAAUUCUGAUGUGCUACAGGUUGAUCUUAGUCAGCAACAGUCCCUGGAAGAAAAAGUAAGGCUGGUGAAACAAGUGCAAGAGAAGGAAGAGCUACUUCGAAGGCUCAAACUGGUUAAGAUGUAUCGAUCUAAGAACAACCUGUCUGAACUGCAGGCUUUAAUAGUGAAAUGGAGAAAUAGUACCCAGCUGAUGCUGUAUGAACUACAGUCAGCCUUUUCUGCAGAUGGCAAGAAAGUGAGUCUCACUCAGCUGAUAGAUACUUUUGGAUUAGAAGACCAGUUACUGCACUACAGCAGAACAGAAGAAGAUUUUGUUGAUGCAUAAUCUACAGGUGCAAAGCUUUCAAUUACACAUAUGCAAAAGCAGAAAAUACUGAAUGAAUUCUGAUCACAUAAGAAGUGUUGAUCAGACAGUGGACUUUAUACUUUGAGGUUAGGUUUUCUCAGGAGAUACUUGUAAAGCUAUGUACCUAGAUACAGUAGGCACUGUAAAAGGCAUUACUUAAUGGAAAAGAUUGAACUCAUGCUGUUUUGGAAAACCUGGCUUAAUAACUUGAUCAGCGAAUUGUUAUUUAAUAAAAAUAAGAUGCAAUCAAGUCAUACUUGAGCAGGUGGAAGGCAGUCCAUUCUUUGAUUAGUCUUUGCAUGGUUACUUGUCUUGAAAUAACGAACUCUAAUUGUCGUUUCUGUUGAUGUUCAGAUGGGGAAGGGUUCAGUUCUUUGUUCAUAUACAUCCCCAUUUUACAAAUGUCUUACUGCUGCUAGUCAGUUAAUGAUGGCAUUUUGUGAGUUAAGUAAAGAUAACUAAUUUUCAUGUUGUUAAUAUUCUGAAGCUGCAAUGAGAUGUUCUCAAUAACUUUAAUUAUUACUGAAGGAAAUGUGCCACAGUGCAAUCAUUUUCAGAUACUGGUCCAGACAGUUGUCUUCAGGGAAGCUGUCUCUUAAGCAUUCUGCCACAGCCUGAGAUAAUAGAAGAGAAGGCAAGAAAAUUGCAACCAACAUCUGUCUACUCUACUACUUCAUGUGAGAGCCAAGGUGUUUUCUCUCUUUGAAUGAAUAAGAAAAACAUGGCCUUGUCUAAUGGGAGUGCUUCAACUACGGCAUCCUAAAGCUGAAUCAAACUUAACC